AUGGCGGACCUGGAGGCGGUGCUGGCGGACGUGAGCUACCUGAUGGCCAUGGAGAAGAGCCGCGCCGCGCCCGCCGCCCGCGCCAGCAAGAGGAUCCUCCUGCCCGAGCCCAGCAUCCGCAGCGUCAUGCAGAAGUACCUGGAGGACCGGGGAGAGGUGACGUUCGACAAGAUCUUCACGCAGAAGAUCGGGUACCUGCUGUUCCGGGACUUUGCCUUUAACCAGGCGGAGGAGGCCAAACCCCUGAUGGAGUUUUAUGAAGAGAUCAAGAAGUACGAGAAGCUGGACUCGGAGGAGGAGCGAACCACCCGGAGCCGCCACAUCUUCGACCAUUACAUCAUGAAGGAGCUGCUGGCCUGCUCCCACCCCUUCUCCAAGAGUGCCACGGAGCAUGUCCAGAGCCGCCUGAGCAAGAAGCAGGUGCCCCCAGACCUCUUCCAGCCCUACAUUGAGGAGAUCUGCCAGAACCUGCGUGGUGGCAUCUUCCAGAAAUUCAUCGAGAGUGACAAGUUCACGCGGUUCUGCCAGUGGAAGAACGUGGAGCUGAACAUCCAUCUCACCAUGAACGACUUCAGCGUUCACCGAAUCAUCGGCCGGGGCGGUUUCGGGGAGGUCUACGGCUGCCGGAAAGCAGAUACGGGCAAAAUGUACGCCAUGAAGUGUUUGGACAAGAAACGCAUCAAGAUGAAGCAGGGCGAGACCCUGGCCCUUAACGAGCGCAUCAUGCUGUCCCUCGUCAGCACCGGGGACUGCCCGUUCAUCGUGUGCAUGUCGUAUGCCUUCCACACACCCGACAAGCUCAGCUUCAUCCUCGACCUCAUGAACGGGGGAGACCUGCAUUAUCACCUGUCGCAGCACGGCGUCUUCUCAGAGGCGGAGAUGCGGUUCUACGCGGCUGAGAUCAUCCUGGGCCUGGAGCACAUGCACAGCCGCUUCGUGGUGUACCGCGACCUCAAGCCGGCAAACAUCCUCCUGGAUGAGUUUGGGCACGUCCGCAUCUCAGACCUGGGCCUGGCCUGUGAUUUCUCCAAGAAGAAGCCCCAUGCUAGUGUGGGCACCCACGGGUACAUGGCUCCGGAGGUGCUGCAGAAAGGAGUGGCGUACGACAGCAGCGCCGACUGGUUCUCGCUGGGCUGCAUGCUUUUCAAGCUGCUCCGGGGGCACAGCCCUUUCCGGCAGCACAAGACGAAGGACAAGCACGAGAUCGACCGUAUGACCCUCACCAUGGCUGUCGAGCUGCCGGACUCCUUCUCCCCUGAGCUGCGCUCCCUACUCGAGGGGCUGCUGCAGCGAGACGUCAACCGGCGGCUGGGCUGCAUGGGGCGCGGGGCUCAGGAGGUGAAGGAGGAGCCCUUCUUCAAGGGCCUGGACUGGCAGAUGGUUUUCCUGCAGAAGUACCCGCCGCCCCUGAUCCCACCUCGCGGCGAGGUGAAUGCCGCCGACGCCUUCGACAUCGGCUCCUUCGAUGAGGAGGACACGAAGGGCAUCAAGCUGCUGGAGAGCGACCAGGAGCUGUACCGCAACUUCCCGCUCACCAUCUCGGAGCGGUGGCAGCAGGAGGUGACGGAGACCGUCUUCGAAGCCGUCAACGCCGACACCGACAAGCUGGAGGCUCGCAAGAAGGCCAAGAACAAGCAGCUGGGCCACGAGGAGGAGUACGCCAUGGGCAAGGACUGCAUCAUGCACGGGUACAUGGCCAAGCUGGGCAACCCCUUCUUGACGCAGUGGCAGCGCCGCUACUUCUACCUCUUCCCCAACCGCCUGGAGUGGCGCGGGGAGGGCGAGUCGCCGCAGUCCCUGCUCACCAUGGAGGAGAUCGACUCGGUGGAGGAGACGCAGGUGAAGGAGCGCAAGUGCAUCCUGCUCCGCAUCCGUGGCGGCAAGCAGUUCGUGCUGCAGUGUGAUAGCGACCCCGAGCUGGUGCAGUGGCGGAAGGAGCUGCGGGACGCCCAGCGCCAGGCCCAGCAGCUGCUGCAGCGGGUGCCGCGGAUGCAGAAUAAGCCCCGCUCGCCCGUGGUGGAGCUCAGCAAAGUGCCGUUCAUCCAGCGCUCCGCCAACGGGCUCUGA